UUCCAUCGUGGCGCAGGCGAAUUACGCACAUUUGCGCUGAAAAAUACAGCGCAGAGAGAAAGUUGUCGACAAAACGCGAGUUUCUGGAAAAACCUGUCAGAACCAGAGUUUUGGAGGUUUCUGGUUGGGUUCGGGGAGUUUGUGAAGUUGUUUUUUCUUCGUUUUCGCCUGAUUUCUCGGCGGUUUGCUCUUUGCGGAGGAUCUCAGGAGGAGCUCUUUUAUAAAAUCAGAUUUUGGUGCCUGGCACACACCUCAGAUGUUUAGCCAACUUCUCAGGCGGCCACAACAGCUCCAACUCGUGCUUUUUUUUUGUGUUUCUGCUCAAGCUUUAAUCCGGAUAAUUUCAUAUUAUUCUAGAUGAAUUACAGCUAUCGGGGUGUCUCCUGCGCAGGUUUGAGCAGCUAAUCUGUAAACUUCCAUCUAGAGCUGCAGGAUUUUAAUGGAACUUGUCCAACUUCUGUUCUCUAACUUGGUUCUGUGUUAAAACCAGCUGGGCUGCAUUGUGCAGCACACUUGCUGCAACCUGCUGCCAAACGCAUCAUGGUGACAGCUUGUCUCCGAAGCCUGCCCCAUCAUUAAAUUCAAGCCUGCACAAACACGAAACCUGACACAGAUGUUUGGUUUCUCCUGCUGUUUAUUUGUUGGUUUUGCACGUCCAGCCUUGUGUGUCAGAAAUGUUGUGGAGCUUCGAGAGAUUCCUGAGUCACAUUCUGCUCUGGCCAGAUUCCUGGCAUGGUGGUGGAUAAUGGUGGGUCACAGGAGGGUCGGAGAGCCACAAACCAGCAAAGGAAUCCAGGAGUGAUGAUAUAGCUGGAAUACAAUCUGUAGUUUAGAGGAUGUCUGUUGUGUAAACUCCUUUUAAAAGGACAGUUAUCAUGUGAGCAGACUGCAUCUCUGACUAACCAGUCAUGCAUGGAACAUUGGCUGGAGGCUUAUCUGAGAAGGGUGAGACUCAUCAGCAUCCCAUUCAUAGCUUUCUUGUGAUUCCUCCUUAUUUCACAACAGCUUGUAUUUUACUCUUGAAUGGAUGAAGAGCGCGUUUGGGUAAAGGCCUCUGUGCACCUGCAGGUUUAAAACCAUGAAACAUCAUUUAGAUUCAACACACAACCUCCCCCAUGCUUUUGCACACUAAACCUGGAUGUGAAUGUAGGAAUGUCAACGGGACAUUGCGGUCUGGAGUUCAUGGUUAGGCCGUGUAAACAUCACAUCGGAUAUUACUCGUGUCUUUAAGGUGAAGCAAUUUGCAAAAUUCAUGUAAUCCCGAUCUCUUUGGUCAAUAUUGAAAUGAUUAUUAUUGUUUACAUGACCACUCAGAGUUGAGAAACACUAUCCAGAAAGACCAGGGAAGGAAAAAUAGUCUUCUACACCUACGCUCAUCGCCAUCACACACUGAUGGGGGUGAGCUACAUUAUAGCCACAGCUGCCGUGUCCAAAUAUCAUCGAUAAUAAUGCUUAAGACUCCCAAUCCUGGUGUUUUCUGUCCCCCACACCUCCGACUAACUUCUGCUUCCUGAAAGAGGAGCGCCAGAGCUUUUGUGACAACAGAGAACAACAAUCCAGACGUUUGCACUAGAGACCACUGCAGAUGAAAAUAAUGAUACCAAUUGUGGCUGAUUCAGAUUUUUCUCCGAAGCCUUUACUUAGCCCUCCCACAGUUGGUAGAUGGUACCCCAGGCGUUUGUUUUUUGAUUUUUCAUUACUUUUCUUCUUUUUCUUCACUUCAGAUCAUAGGUCAACAGAUAUUGGUUUUUCUAUUGCUGAUAUCGAUGCCGAUAAGUCGGUGACACGGUCGGCCGAUGACCGACACGUGCUGCCGAUUUUCAUGGACUACAGUAAAUCUAGACGUUAUUUUCAUGCUAAAAUGUCAUUAAUAAAAGUUGAUGCUCAUAAAUAUUAAAGUUGAAUCCGCUAAUAUUGGUCUCCUUCUAAUCCAGAUGUGGCGAGUCCUCCUGAGAACAUUUCCAGGGUCUUGGUCUAAAAUUUGCCCCUUGCAGUCCCGGUGGGGUCCGCUAGAGCCCGCGUGUUGUUCCAGCAAACCCUCUGCUCAGAGUUUCGGCUGAAAUGUGGUGUUUGUCAUUCAUUUUAUUUCUACCCACCCACAUUCCUAAGGUGUUUGUUUGAGUUUUGAGGAGUGAGCACUAGGGAUGCAACAAUACCACUUUUUUCCAAACCGAUACUUGGAUCUGAGUACUCGCCGAUACCGAUUACCGAUACAGAUACGUCUACCACACAAAAAAAUGCAAUGAAUUGGAAUACAGGAUUUAUUUUCUUCUGUUUUCAAUAGGAAAAGACUGUGAGGUAGAUAAAAAGUAAUAUAAGUGAUCACAAAACUAUAAUAUUAGGUGAACAGAAAUGACAAGUUACAGUGAAGUCACUUUCAAGCAACUGCAUUGGUAUCAUUUACUGGUAUCUGUUAACUUUUAUCGAUACCGAUACUGGUAGCAGUAUCGGCACCGAUACCAGUAUCGCAUUGGUGCAUCCCUAGUGAGCACCACCUCACCCCCACCAUGUGGACCCCAAGGGAUAAACCAUCAACCCUCCCCUGUCCUGUCCUGGAGGACUCGACAGAACACAUUUUGUAAAAAUAUUAACUUUUAAAUUAUGAUUCUGGAAGUGAAACCUUUCCACAAAUUAGGAGUUAACAUGUUAAAUGUAUGUUGUAAUAACAUGAAAUGUUCCUGUUUAAUUAACAUGUAUUCAACAUGUUGGCAUUACAUAAAGAAGUUCCAUCCAUCCAUCUUCUGAACUCGCUUUGUCCACGCAGGGUCGCGGGGGGGUGGGGUGGCUGUUGCCUAUCUCCAGAGGUCAACGGGCAAUCAGGCGGGGAACACCCUGGACAGAGAGUCAGUCCAUUGCAGGGAAACAUAAAGAAGUUAUAAAAUCAAAACGUAAUCUAAUUUCAUGCAACCAAUGUACAUGAUUCAAUUAUGUAAAUCCAACAGAUCUUUUUUUCAGUGUAGGAUCAAUGAGUUCAUGGAUUUGAAAAAACAUCUAAUUAAAGCCUUCUUUUCUGAUUGGUAAUGUGUGUUUAAGGAAUAGAAUAAAAAAAUCUUUCCAGGCAAAUUUACACAGGUAUCACAGAUUAAGCUGGUGAUGUUGGCAUACUCUGGUUUCGCAGUGUUUUCCCCUCAUUCUGCACCCUUUUUAAACGCCGCCUCAAAACAGACAAGUUUAGCCUUCAACUGGGGUGGAAGUGUGUGUUGUUUGAAAGGCUCCACUAGUUAAGAGCACGACUGCAAAACAAAACUGUGGUAGUUUUUUAAUGAUCAUGUGACUGUUUGGAGUUAAAUGUAAUCACCGCUCCAGUUUCAUUUUAAUAAUAAGGUUUUCUGUUUUCUCCAAAGCGCCGCACAGACCACAUGUACGUUUGUGUUUGAUCACACUCAGCCUGAAGGGAAAGAGAACAAUAACGGCCAAAAACAAACGAUGGAUCAGAUUUCCCUUAAUCGCACCUUCCUCACUCGGCCGAGACAAAGACUGAGAGGUCAGGGGAAGGAAACGAGGGAGGAACUGAGGAAGGCGACACAGAGGAAGUAAAUGAACUCUUCCACUGAAAAUCAGGAGAAAGUUGAGUUGUUGCAGAAGAACCUGAACAAAAGCGUGCAGAGACACACCCUGAUGUAUGCUAAAGGUGAAGAUUAUCUUUAAUCCGUCGUCGUCUUCCUCCGCUUAUCCGGGUCCGGGUCGCGGGGGCAGCAUCCCAACUAGGGAGCUCCAGACCGUCCUCUCCCCGGCCUUGUCCACCAGCUCCUCCGGCAGGACCCCAAGGCGUUCCCGGACCAGAUUGGAGAUGUAACUUCUCCAACGUGUCCUGGGUCGACCCGGGGGCCUCCUGCCGGCAGGACAUGCCCGAAACACCUCCCCAGGGAGGCGUCCAGGAGGCAUCCUGACCAGAUGCCCAAACCACCUCAACUGACUCCUUUCGAUCCGGAGGAGCAGCGGUUCUACUCCGAGUCCCUCCCGAAUGUCCGAGCUCCUCACCCUAUCUCUAAGGCUGAGCCCGGCCACCCUACGGAGGAAACUCAUUUGGGCCGCUUGUAUCCGCGAUCUCGUUCUUUCGGUCAUUACCCAAAGCUCAUGACCAUAGGUGAGGAUUGGGACGUAGAUCGACCGGUAAAUCAAGAGCCUGGCUUUCUGGCUCAGCUCCCUCUUCACCACGACAGAUCGGCUCAGCGUCCGCAUCACUGCAGACGCCGAACCCAUCCGCCUGUCGAUCUCCCGAUCCCUCCUACCCUCACUCGUGAACAAGACCCCGAGAUACUUAAACUCCUCCAUCUUUAAUCCGUAAAGGUUGAAUAUGGAACAAUUUAACAAAAAGCUAUAUUUAAAAAAAAUGAUACCUCAACAGGGCGUUUAGAGGUGUGCAGAAAGAAGCUACAGUAUUUCCUUUAAACACUAUAUCUUAAUGAAAUAAAAGAAUGCUAUAUUUAUUUUAGCGGGCACGACACUGGGUUUAUGUUACAUCUACUAGCCAGUAGAGGGUGCCACUGCGGGUUGCCUAGUAACAGUCCACAGCGAGGCUGGCCCUGUGGAAAAUGGCAGACUUAGCAAGUCGAGCAGCUGCUGAGCCCAGGAUUUGUUGUCCUUCCCAGAAGAGGAGCGACCAUAAAAGAUCUAAAACCAGAGUUGAGGAGAAGCCGACAACAGACGGACCCAAAUAAAACAUUUCACGUAUCGGCAGCGAGCCUGGACAGCUGGGAGCCUUGUUCUAUUGCUGCAACUAAAUGUUCCUGUUCCAUAUUCAACCUUUAAAUCUCGUUGGUUUUCUUUGGAAUAGUCCUUCGUUCGGUUUGUACCGAUAAGAUUUCCCCAUCUUGUGAUUUUCAGCUCGACUUCAUGAGGUAGUGACUUGUAGAACCAGAGGAGACGGUGAUCUAAUUGCUGGGACGGGGAUAAAUAUGAGGUUUUCCAUGAAGCGUUUGGAGAAAGCAGCAUACAGGAAGCAGCCAGGAAAAGAGGAAAGCACAGCAGAGCUGACCACAAGCUGUCAGUCUGCUUUUGAACUCGUAGAUGAUUGAUGUCUGUGUGUAAUCGCAGUUUCCUCCAACUGCUUUCUUCUUCAUUCAGAAAAAAACCCAAAAUAAAAACAGGAGAAACCACCAGAAACGUGGAGAGAAGCAAACUGGCUGUUCCUGUGUGGGACACGCAGGAAAUAAGAGAAGGAAAGUUGUUGUCGGACCUAAAGAGAAUGAAAAAAGUCCGUUUGUGGCGAAUCAAGAGGUGUUGUGUCUGCGGCACGAGCCGAGUUUAGAAAGCAGGGCAGCGUCGGGGUGAAUGAUUACCAGAGCAGAGCGGGGAGGGUCCGGCUGACCUUUGUGCAUCACCGAGAGUUUCUGCUCGGCACGCAGAUAACAGUCGCUGGCUGUGUUUUAGGAACACGUCUCUCAGGGAGGAGUGGAGAGGAAUGUGAGCAACGUGACAAAUUCUUCUCCCAGACCAACACAACGGGAUUUUAUGGCCUUGAUGUCUCGGGUCAAGGUCUUCUCGAGGCGCAGGACAACGCUGUUGGUCUCGCCUUAAUCUGCACGGAUAAACCCAGUCUUUGUCUCUAACGGCUCAUUUUAUCGUUGCUGGCGCUCGAGUGCAGAGGAAAGGUUUGGAGAGGUUGUUUGGCCUGUUUUUUUUUUACCGUUUCCAUUAAACUAUCUACAGAUCUGAGGAUUUCACCAGAAACGUACGAAGCAGGAAUCUUCAGAUUCAGCUUAACGCCACGAGGCUUUACAAUAAAUAUACACAAAGGAGGCUUUUGGGAGUUGGGAAAAUCACACAAACAAUGGCUAAAAAGCCCAUUUUCAUCCCAAAAAGCCCAAGAAAAUGGAAUUACAGAACCCGUCAGACCGACUUGUGGACCAGAAACUGAUUUUUAACCGGUGUGCGGUUGUUAAACGUAGGCGAAUAAUGAGUCACGCUCACCUUGUGUGGCUUAUCACUGUAUCAGACUUCAGCAGCCUGGCGAUGACACAUGCACAGAGCCAGCUCAGACGGCGGGGUUGACCAAUCAGAGAAGACCUUGCUGCUCCACCUUUGCCGUUUCAGAAGCAAACUGGUGAUUGCUGGUUGUGCAAGCGUUGGAUCAUAGUGAGUCACUCAUCUUGUGUUGAGUUGUGCUUAAACAAAACCUGAAAGGAAACAAGAAAAACUUUAGAUGUCGGCUCCAUUCUCACUUCUCAUCAGGCUCGUGUCAUAAGAAGAGAUUUCCUGUUGGUUAAGCUGCUUAAUCCUGAAUCCUAAAACAGGAGCAGAGAGCUGCAGCCUCACAGCCAUGAGCUCACAGGCUGCUUUUGGCAGCAGCUUGCUGUUCCAGAGCAUAAACGAUGACCUGAACGCCUCUCUGAGCGUCGCAGACGAGUUGUCCAAGGAGUUUAGCUCCAUGAUGAACGAAGCCUCCUCCAGCAGCAGCAGCAACACGGUGUCUCAGGCAAGCCAAAAUGUCUCCAAGAACAGGUCCGGCCCCUCCAGCCUCUCCAGCUCCACAUGGUCUUCUGGAAAUAACACCAAUGGCACCUCUGUCUCCGGCUCCAGAACCUCGUCCCAGAGCUCGAUGUAUUUCAGUCCCCUCGACUCGGGAAUGUCCAGCAGCAGAAAUGUUCCGUCCCCACCGGUAAAGUCCCCCAGCCCACACUCCUCCCCCAAACUCGGCAAGGCGCUCGCCUCACACCGCCGCUCAGGAUCCGACAGCUACAUGUUUACACCUCAGAGCCCCAAACAGUCACCCCUCUCCCCUCGACCCGGUUCCCCCUCUUUUUUUGAAAGGACCCCACAAGGCUCCAUCGCUUACCGGGACAGAGCAUCUCCUCCCACCCUAAUAUCUGGUCCUUUGGACCAGUCGUCCCGCCCUGCCUCACACAGCCUGCUGAAUCCAAACGACAACAGCCAGAUGGGCCUCAGGUCGCCUCGACAUGACAUAGGUCCAUCUCCUUUGACCUACAGAAGUCCGUCCCCUGUGCCUUACAGCUCAUCAUCGUUCAACUCGCUUCCUCGAAAUCUGUACAGUUCCGGACAAAGCGAUGACGGUAUGAAAAGGCAAAAAAGUCCCAGCAGGUGGAAUGAAAGUGAUCUGGACAUGCCCUACGAGGGGAAACCUCACCAUACUUAUGACAAGAAGGAGUGGAUGCGAACGGCGGCGCCAAACAGUGCCUGGCGAGAGUCCAACCUGGAUGGCCCUCCUCCAGCCUCCAGCCCAAAAAAGGAUCACCGGCUGAGUUCUCAGCAGGGAAACUUUAAUUCUCUGCCCCGUAAUGCUCGUAUAUCGGUCCCACCGGACGUUCAGCCACAAAGUCACUAUCGAGAAACGAAGAGCGCUCCUUACUACCAGCCCAGCUCCCGCAUUUCUGUUCCUCCGACGUUCUCCCAGUCCCGCCAGUAUACGAAAGUGCCUGUCUCGGCCAUCCUGCGCCUCCAGAACCCUCACUUUGGAGUGAUGAGUCCCCGCCUACCCCAGGUCUUAGAGAGAGAACGCAAUGCUGCAGCUUAUCGGCAGGGUAUGAAUUUCUCCAAGGAAUUCUUCCGCCAACGUGCUUUCAAGCUAGAGCAGCGGCCCGCUGAGCAGAGACAGCCGGCUGUUUACAGUGAUGCACUACAUUCAAGCGACGUGGAUGCAGAAAUCGAGCGUCUGGACAGCGUUCAACAUGAGAGUCCGACCACUCCGGGAGGUUCGCCGGAGGUGGAGCAGGACGUGGCGCCUCCUCCUCGGCCCCUGAGUCCCACCAGGCUGCAGCCAGUGGUGGCCCACGAGGCCCAGAGCGAUGAGAUCCCAGAUAUCGAGGAGGUUUUCCGCAUGAGGGCGGAAAUUCCCCGCCCUCUGAGAAGACGAAGUUCUGUGGAUACAUCACAGGUCCAAAACAUCGCCUCGCUUCAGCAGCCAAACCAGUACAAGAACCUCAUCGACAAGCUUUUCCGCAAGGACAAACGGCCAAAAGAGGAGCAAGGCAGCGACAACGGCAGCUCCUCAGAGGGGGAGGACGCACCUUUGUCUCCCGCCCCCGAACCCGUUCUUCAGAUCCGUGCAGAGAUUCCACAAGGUGCCAAAAAUUACAGUUCCAUCCUGCGCUCCAGUCGGAGUGCCAAGCGUUCUGGACGGCGAGCCCGGCUAAGUCCACUGGUGCUGCUGCUGGACGGAGCGCUGAUGGGAGAACUGGAAACGGUGAAGAAAGCCGUGCAGGAGAUGACCGACCCCAGCCAGUCGAAUGAUGAAGGCAUCACAGGACUACACAACGCCAUCUGUGGAGGUCAUUACGAAGUGGUGGACUUCCUGGUUCGUGCCGGAGCCAACGUCAGCGCUCCCGACAGCCACGGCUGGACUCCGCUGCACUGUGCCGCUUCCUGUAACGACCGCAUUCUGUGUGAGUUUUUGGUGAGAAAUGGUGCCGCCAUCAUGGCGAAGACGGAGAGCGAUGGCGCCACUCCCUUCCAGAAGUGUGACCCGUUUCUCGAUAACUUUGCUGAAUGCGAGGCUUACCUGCAGGGUGCGGAGGCAGCCAUGGGCGUGGAGAACAACGGGGUGUUGUACGCUCUGUGGAGCCACCAGGCCCAGGCGUCCGACGAGCUUACCUUCAAAGAUGGAGACAUGGUCACCAUCCUGCAGAAACCCGAGGGAUCUGACUGGUGGUACGCCUCGCUUCGUGGCAAAGAGGGAUUUGUCCCAAACAACUACUUUGGGCUUUUCCCGAAGGUUCGCCCAAAGUCUCUCUGCUGAGAGUUCCCUCGAUGAUCAGAGGAGGACGGUUACCUCGUCACCGCUUUGUGACACGUUGACGACUCUGGGCGCGCUGAGGAGAGCUGAAGGAGAAGCUUCGAGGUUAAACGUUCACGUUUGCCGUCUCCGUGGUGACUCUGCCGGGUCGUCUUGGCCGCCAUUCCGCUCAGCUGAGCUUCAGUCGCCCUUCUGGCCCACCUCCUGGUUACAGACUUGUUGGUGUUCCGUCCGCUCAUCAGCGAGGCCGGCGUGGAUGUUGGCAAACGUCUCUUUACUGCUGGAACAUCAGAGAGAAGAGCUGUUGAACUCGUUAGAUUUCACGAACACAUUCACGCGGGACUAAAACCCUGGCCACAGGAGGCUUCGCCCAGCGUUUCCCUGCAAUAAUUCACUUGUAUUUAAGUGGAUUUAGAUUCGCUUUUUAGGCUAAUAAAGCCGUUUUGAGUCGUACUUCUGUUCAGAAGCCCCCCGAACAGCCUCAGUUUAGAGAAAUGGAGUUCAUGUCCUUCAGGACUGAUGUGUUGCCACCUUCUCCUAAGCUCGAUCAGCACACUCGCCCAGGUACUUGAUGCAGUGGUGUUGGGUAACCAUGACGACCAUUUUAACGCGGCGUCGAUGGAGGUGCAGACACGCCGGCCAUGACCAACGGCACGAUUUGUCGUCUGUCUUUUGAAGACGAAGAAGGAAAAUCGGACUUGUGGACUGGAAUAUCAUUCAUCGGUGGCAACGUUUCGUCACCAUUUUCAUGAAAAUAGUUUUUCUCUGUGAAAUUUUAGAUAGAAAAGUGAUUUCAAACACGAAGCAUCAGCCGUUUUAUUAAGUAAUCAACAGACCUCCAUUCAGCUGGAGGGUUGAAUCCAGCAUCACCUUGGGUUUUCACUCAGACUAGCCGUUAGCUCAUCAGUCCUGAAGGCCACGGACUCCAGUAAGGUUUUACACAGAAACGCGUCUGUCUUUGUUCGGUUGUCUGUAAAGAUGUGGGAAAGGUCUGCGCUUUGGCGUUUUAUCUCAACAAAACUGCUUUUUCUGAAUGUUUGUAAAAUAAAAUAAACGGGAGUGCUUGUGCACGCUGUUCCUUA